AUGGCUCCAGCGACACCACCAAGCGACCAGAACCCGAAGCAGCGUACAGCCACCGAUGAGGCCACGGGUGACCAAAAUCUGCAGCGGCAGUGGAUCGCAGCCUUCCAUGCUGGCGGUGGAUGCUCUGCAUCCUGCAUCCUCUGCACGAGCAUCGGAGGCAGCUGGAGACGGGACUUCGACAGUGUCGCCGUCCAAGACUUCGACGUCCGGAUUCAGGCGACAUUCAGCGCCACACGUCGCGUCGGCACGGCGGUCUAUCUUGUCGAAACCUGCUUUGCGCGUUGGGAAGCAGAGAUUCUUGCUCGAUGCGCCGAGUCUCGUUUUGCGACACUCCCGAAGUCCAAGAUCUCACUCCUUCUCAGCAUGCUGAGGAUGCGGUGCACGCCCCGGCAAAGCAAAGGCCUCAGCCUGCAAACGGGCGUGACGCCAUCAGAUGAAGCUUUCGCAGCUUUCAGGGUGAAGAACGUUCUUGACCAGGCCGAACCACUCGUGCCACAAGGUUCGCUCCGAGCACAUAUUCCAAAAGAGCCGAGGUACCAUGCACCUGGCCACCACCACCACAGCGUUGUGGCUGCGCGGCCUGCGGCCAUCGAUGCUUCUGAAAUACCGCUGUAUUCAGAUUCUGAUGGAUUGGCAGUCCUUCGAACGCGGUUGGGCGAGGCGCAAGGCCAAGGGAUGCAGAGCCGAGUCUUCCGGAAAGCUCCUCACAUCAAGAUCCGCAUCCGUCGAGCAUUCAACAGGGGACUCGUUCACCAUCAUCACCAUCACCACCACAAUGGACCCGUGGUGAUUUCUGAUGCAGGGCAGCUUGCACCGCCAAUUGUGGUGCACGUUAGAGCCCCCGAAAUACUUCCAGCAACUGGCGCGAGCGCUUUUCCGACUCCAUCUCCGGUGGAGCCUCCAAGUACCCCCUUGACUUCCGCUGCUCUGCAGCGGCACGAGGCGCUUAUGCAACAGCAGCAGGUUGACCAUCCUGCGACUGAUGCCAUGGCGCAAGCUGGCAUUCCCGCCAGCCUAUCCCUCGGCAUGAGCAUGCACCAGGGCGCAGUUUUCGGCGUCGUGUCCACUAUUGCCGUUGAGGCGAUGCAGAUCACACUGGCCGAGAAACGAGGCAAUGCAGCGGAUCAAACCGCAAGCAUAGCUUCUGCGGCUGUGCGUGGUGCCGUUGUGGGCGCAGCAGGAGGCGGCAUGGCACUGAUGCUAGGCCCCACGGCGCCAACAGACACUCAGCAGAACUUAGCAGACUUAGCAGUGUAUGUGAGCCUGUUGUUUGCAGUUGCAUGUGCUGCAGUGACUCAGGGCUAUAGCUUGAUUCGUGAAUGGCUGGCGCAGGGCUAUUCCUGGGCGCACAGCGAGAUCACUGGGCCUGUGGCCUUGAACCGAGCCGUGGAAGUCUCUGGCAGUGCUGCCGGAGGGGUGGCGGGAGCAAUGGCCGCUGCCACACUUCUCAGUGGCUGUGGCGGUGUGGUCGUGGCAGCUGCAGCUGGCUGUAGCGGAUUUGCUGGCAGCUUGGGUGGUCGUGAGGUGGCGGCCCUGUGUUUCCAGUCUUUGUCUUCGCAGAAGGCACCGAAGCGAAGGACCAGUCGCUGCAGCAGCGGCGGUAGCUCAACAAGACGCAGAAACUCGAGAGAUCACACCGUCGAGCCCGAGCUUCUGGAGGCGUAUUCCCUUCUUGGUGUGGACCCGCGCUGCUCCAACACGGAGCUGAAGCAUGCCUUUCGCCGUGCAGUCGCUCUGCAAAGUGCAGAGGUCUUGCCCGGAGAUGGCUCAGCAUGCCCUCCCUUCGGAGAGGUACUGCGGGCCAUGGAACUCAUUCGAUCCACCCGGCAGAUGCCUUUGCUGGAUGUGAGAAAUUUGGAUGGAGGGGAGAAAUUACGCAUCUGCAGACGCCCGUUGGAAACUCUACCACUUCAGUCUCACUCGCAGCUUGCCAGCUUCAUUGGUGGCAUGGCAGCUCAACCCACAGCCAGCACGGCAUUCUGA